ACCAUCUUGUGUCAGUAGACAUCAGUAUCGAAUCAAUGAAAGUUCUGCUAGUAUUUAUCGGUGCACUGGCUCUGUCCAGUUGUGCUUCUGUUGAGAAUCCUAAAUUACGUUCGAAGUGGAAUAGUGGUUCCGCAGGAAGAAUUGUGAAUGGAGCUGAGGCCAAACCGGGCCAAUUUCCCUACCAGGUGGUACUGCACAGUUAUUUCAAGAAUGGAUAUCGAGAGUUGUGCGGAGGCUCUCUUUUGACGGUCAACUACGUGUUGACAGUAGCUCAUUGCCUUGUGUACAUGUUUGUGGAAGAUGUUGCCACGCACGGAACGGUGUUUCUCGGUGUCCACAAUCGUCAAAUGGAAGAACCUUCCCAGCAACGCAUUGAAUAUGGGUCAAUCAACGUCCAUCCAGGAUGGAACCUGUCUGUUAUUCAGUUCGACGUUGGAACCAUCCAACUGGCCACGCCAGCAGUGUUUAAUGAAUACGUUCAACCAAUUGAUCUUCCAGCGAUGUCGGAUCGAAGAACAUUCGCCGGUAUGAGAGCCACUCUGUCGGGCUUCGGAAGAACAGAUGACGUUCCAGGUUCCCCAGCAUCCGAUGUGCUUAUGUUUACCAGCAAUCCUGUCCUGACCAACGCCAACUGUCGAGCCCAUCUGGAACCGUUCUCCAUUCAACCGCAGCACAUUUGUCUCUCUGGAGCUGGCGGACGUGGUGCAUGUCACUGGGAUUCCGGUGGGCCACUAACAGUCCAGGAGGAUGAUGGGCGAAUAAUUCAGAUUGGAAUCACUUCAUUUGUACUUGGAGGAAUGUGUUCUACCGAAAUUCCAACUGGCUUUGCACGCAUUUCUUACUUCCUGGACUGGAUUGCUGAACAUUCGGAUGUUGUAUUGCGUGAAUGAUUAGAGUCAUUGAUAAUAAAUUCAAAAUUCCAAUAAAUAAGAA